AACUUCGUUUCUAUGCUCAACUGAAUUUUCAAUAAAAUGGGUAGUGUUCAAAAUCUUGAGUUUGGCCGGUUUUUUUCUUCCUUUUAUUUUUCAGUUAUUUUUGCACCCAAAUGGGAAUUUAGAAAAAAAAAAUAAUAGUUUCCCUUAUUUGGUACUGAAAGGUCCAUUUUGGAAACGUGUUGCAUGUUCCAUUACAGCUUUUCUAAUCUGACUUUGCUUGAACAUGUGAAAGUUAAUAGCCACACCACACAUUGGAGGGGUUGGAUCUCUUAGAUUAGGGAAUUUACUUUUGGGUAUUUAAGGAGAUCUUGGUACUAUAAUUUUCCAGCAAGACUACUUUUAGUCUCUCUCAAAUUGCAUAUAUUGUCUCCUACUUUAAACCAACCUCUUUCUCUUCUUGGUUUGUGAAAAUAUAGCACAAGAGAUACAUAAAGGUUUUAGAUAGCUGGAAAAAAUGGUGAAGAUCUGUUGUAUUGGUGCUGGUUAUGUCGGGGGUCCAACAAUGGCAGUUAUUGCAUUGAAGUGCCCUUCAAUUGAAGUAGCAGUUGUUGAUAUCUCAGUUGCUAGAAUUGCAGCCUGGAAUAGCGAUCAGCUACCCAUUUACGAGCCAGGUCUCGAAGAGGUGGUGAAUCAGUGUAGAGGAAAAAACCUUUUCUUUAGCACUAAUGUUGAAAAACAUGUCUCAGAAGCUGAUAUUAUCUUUGUUUCUGUUAAUACACCGACAAAAACUCGAGGCCUUGGAGCAGGCAAAGCUGCUGAUCUGACAUAUUGGGAAAGUGCAGCUCGAAUGAUUGCUGAUGUAUCGAAAUCGAACAAAAUAGUUGUUGAGAAAUCAACUGUUCCUGUUAAAACAGCUGAGGCAAUUGAAAAAAUCCUGACCCAUAAUAGCAAAGGCAUAAAAUAUCAGAUUCUGUCAAACCCAGAAUUUCUUGCAGAAGGGACUGCAAUUCAGGACCUUUUUAAUCCUGAUAGAGUUCUUAUUGGUGGAAGGGAAACUCCUGAUGGCCAAAAAGCUAUUCAGGCUUUGAAAGAUGUGUAUGCUCAUUGGGUUCCUGAAGAUAGAAUCAUCUCGACCAAUCUUUGGUCUGCAGAGUUGUCAAAGUUAGCUGCAAAUGCCUUUUUAGCACAAAGAAUUUCUUCUGUCAAUGCAAUGUCAGCUCUUUGCGAAGCAACUGGAGCAGAUGUUUCGCAGGUUUCUCAUGCUGUUGGUAAAGACACAAGAAUUGGACCAAAAUUUUUGAACGCCAGUGUUGGUUUUGGCGGAUCCUGUUUUCAAAAGGACAUACUCAACUUGGUCUACAUUUGUGAGUGCAAUGGCUUAGCAGAAGUUGCAAACUACUGGAAACAAGUCAUUAAGGUUAAUGAUUACCAAAAGAAUCGAUUCGUCAACCGGGUUGUUUCCUCUAUGUUCAACACAGUUUCAGGUAAAAAGAUUGCUAUUCUUGGUUUUGCAUUUAAGAAAGAUACCGGUGACACAAGAGAAACACCAGCUAUUGAUGUAUGCAAGGGCUUAUUAGGCGAUAAGGCGCGAUUGAGUGUAUAUGAUCCACAAGUGACUGAGGAUCAGAUUGAAAGGGAUCUUUCAUUGGAAAAAUUUGACUGGGAUCACCCAGUUCAUCUUCAACCAAUGAGUCCUAGUGCUGUUAAGCAAGUGAAUGUGGUUUGGGACGCUUAUGAGGCUACGAAGGAUGCUCAUGGAAUCUGCAUUCUUACUGAGUGGGAUGAGUUCAAGAAGCUUGAUUACAAAAGGAUUUUUGAGAAUAUGCAGAAACCUGCAUUUGUGUUUGAUGGGAGAAAUGUUGUGAAUGUGGAAAAAUUAAGAGAAAUUGGUUUCAUUGUUUACUCAAUUGGGAAACCAUUGGAUCCAUGGCUCAAAGACAUGCCUGCUGUGGCUUGACUUUCUUCUGCCAUGGGCGUUCUUGCUGGUACUUAGCUUUGGGAGUUGCCGUUUCAUUCUUUGAAUUUUUCCUCUUACUUUCUUUCUUUCCUUUUUUUUUUUUUUUUAAAUGUGUUUGUUUCUUUUAUUUUACUUUACUAGUCAUUAUGGCUUAAGAAGCAUUACAUUAUUUCUGCUAUAAUGAUAAAUAAAGCAGAGUUCUAAAGUUAGAAAAA